CAAUCCUUUUGAUACUCGUUAAUAAAACGUGAUUUUAAAUUAAAAAAAAAACAAAAACAGAAUCUCUUCAUCGUAUAUCUGGUUACUCCUAGUACUACCUCCUGUUCUCUCGGAAAUCAUCAUACGUAUUAAUUUAUUCAACCCUAAGCGAGAGGGAGGGAGAGGGUGGUGGGCCAAAAGCGAGCCCGCGUAUUUUUGGUAUACGCGGACGGAUAAUUCAGCGUGGCUUCUCUCUUUAAGGUCAAGCUGGGACGAAAAGAGAGAAAGGUCGCGCGCAAAUAAACACCGAAGAGAAGAAAAAGCCGCUAGCGGAAGGACUCUUCUACUCGUUAAGGGGUCACGGAGAAAGAUGUGGCGAACGUCCUACUGUACAUACCUACUGUUAGGUUUAUUAUACCUAACAACGUUGCAAAGUGCAACGGCGUGUAGCUGCAUGAAAGCGCAUCCUCAAACACAGUUUUGCAGGGCAGACUUUGUUGCAGUCGUAAGGAUAAAAUUGAUCGUUCAAAUUAACGACGAAAGGCUGGAUUAUAAAGUGAAGAUUAACAGAAUUUUCAAGGCAACUCCAAAAGCAGAAAUUGCCUUGAGAGAGAACAUCCUUACCACGCCCGGUUACAGUUCACUUUGCGGUGUAAUGCAUUUAUUUGAAGGAAAAACUUACGUCGUCAGUGGAUUUGUAAGGGAAGGAAGAGCAUUAAUAUCUAUUUGCGAUCUUGCCAUUCCUUUGUCCGAAGUACCAGUCGGACAACGAAAAGGACUCAGAUUGCUUUAUCAUCAUGGAUGCGUUUGCGAGAUAUCCUUCACGCCGUGGUGGCGAAAAGGUGCGGUAUUGGAAUCGACCGGUGGAAAGCAUUGUCUAUGGGAAAGUUCACCAGGUCCGCAGGAUUGUCAAGAAAAAUAUGGUGUAUGCAAGAAAGGACCUAAUGGUUGUUCCUGGACACCUUCGGUGCCAUACAAAAAGUGCAUCAAGGAAUAUCAACGGAAACGCGAACAGGAGAGAUUAAAGGAACCUUAACGAAAUGUUUAUUUUUCCUUCUUUCCUUCCUUAUAUCUCCUCCCUCCCACCCUCUCUUUCUCUCUUUUCUCUAAUCUUCUCUUCCUUUUUACUUUUACUCGCGCAAAAUAGAAAAAAAAAGAAAAAGAUAUUACGAAUGUUUGCCGAUAUUGGAAAUCGACCAAUCCGCCGACAUACCGUAAUUUCUAAUUGACAUCGUGAAUUGCUCUUGGAAAUCGUCGAAAACUGAAAACUUGAAUAGACUCGAUAUGGUAGAAAAUACUAUCAACUAACCUGAUCGAUAAACUAGUGUGAUGAAAAGAGAAGAAAAAAAAAAAAAAGUAAUCCCAGUUCUUUUUUUUCGUCUCGUUCUUCUCAGCGAUAUCGAUUUUUUUUUAUAUUUUUUUUUAUUUUGUUUUUUCUCAUUAAUCGAUAUCGAAUGAGAGAAACUUCCGUGUGUCGGGUUUUCAUGCGUCAUGUUUACAAUCAUUUUCUUAUUUAGAGACGAGAAUUUGCAUUACUAGAUUUCUAUACGAACAUAUUUUGAACACACACACACACACACACACAAAAUACCAUUGCUAAAAGUAUCGAAACAUGUUUCUAAUAUUUGUCGAAAUCAUUUGUAGGAAAAAUAAAGAAAAAAGAUAAGUAUAUUUAGUGCAUAAAGUAUAUCAUAUAUAAAUAUAUAUAUAUGAUAAUAGUAUUCUAUAAUGUAGGAUAAAUCUAUAAAAGAUUCUAGAGAAAGAAGUUAUUUGUUACAAUCGCGAUCUUAUAGGAAACGAUUAAAGAUUAUCGAUCGUUCGUGGUAUUCGAUGUCAGCGGUAUAUAAAAUUUAUCGUUUAUUAAGUUAUUAAUAAUUUGAUUGUCAACGGUCAGUUGGUAAAACUUCGUAGUAUCCAAGGGUGAACAGUUGGGGGUUGCGAAGGUUGGGGUAACGUUGAUCGAUCGAACGUUUACUCAACCGUGCGUGAGAUCAUUCAUUUUCCCGAAUCGGAAAUAGAGAUAGGAGAACAGAUUGUAUAGAAAGGAAAUUUUCUAUUGCGGAAGAAAAUUAUUUUGCGCUUUCGCCCCCUCUUCCUCCUCCUUCUCCUCCUCCUCCGAAGAUUGUAUAUAAUUUUUCUUUCCCUCACUCUCUAAUUUUUUCUUUUCCUCUCUCCCCUUAUCCCCCCCCGCCCCGUUAAUCUUAGCACUUAAUGUAUAUUGUAAAUCCGUAUAAG